CGGCGGCGGCGGCCAGCGUUCGGGCAGGACUCCGGCGAGUCGCGUGAUACCGAUGGUCUUAACGCUUCGCGGUCGUGAAUCGCCGAGCGCUGCGAGCGGCAAAAGAUCCUUUGGAUAGAAGGAACGCCGGCGACGUCGGCGUCAUCGUCGCGACGUCCGUUUCAAUCCUCUCGGCCAAGGUUUCUCCCGCGGGUGACGACUUCUGGCGCGGAAAGUGCUUUUUCCUUUGACCACGCGGAAAGUGCGUCUCUCUUUAACUUGCGUUCGCGUGCAUCUUGGCCAGAGAUCGACCAGAGGAGGACGACGACCGGAAUGGAGAGGAGGCAGCGUCGUCGUCGUGACUCGACCAGCCUCCAAGGUUGAAGGCCCAGCGCGAAUACACAGCCGUCACCGGAAAAUAUGGGCUCGGAAGCCUGGGAGCUGGAGAGGAGGUACUCGGUGCCGGGAGCCUUGGAUACCAGAGGCCUCGAGCCGCCGGCUAGCGAGGAUCUGCACGCAUGGUCGAUUUACAGGCAAAACCUGAACUCCGACUUCACGGACUCCGCGCUUGGCUCCGCAGAGAAGUCGCCGCUGCCCUACGGGAAUUUCCAGCUACGCGACUCCACGGUGCAGAGCAUACUGCGGCAUCCGCGAUACGGGCCGAAGAGCCCGCUGGCCAACAAUUCUUAUACGUACUUGAAAUUCGGUCUGCCGCGCGUCCUGCCACCCAGCUCGCGGAAUCGCGACGGUUCCAGCGGCUACGACUCCAGCGAGGAAGGACGACGCGUGUCGCAUGCAGGUGCUCCGAUGCAUACGACUUCAGUUAUGCGUUCGGCUAGGAGUGACCCGGACUUCAGGCACGUCCACGCCAUGCCGAGGGAGCAGGCGCACUCUCAGUUGACCGUGGCGAGGGACCAUCCGAGGCUGAGGAGCGCCAGCGAAGCCAAUCUUCUACAAAGCGCAAUGAGGACCAAUCGCCGACACAGCAUUGCACCGAUUGAUCCUGGAUACAUAGCACACGGGCAUGGUAUUCUUGGGCCGGAAGGUUACGCGCUGCCAUUGAGACCCGUACCGUGUCUGCAGCAUCCGCACCUACAGCUGCGAGGUGUGGAGGCAUCAGGCUCGAACGGGUUGCCGCUUCUUCGUGGCAUCACCCUGGAAGCUGGCGCCGCCGAGGUGCUGGCCAUCAUGGCGACUACUGAGAAAGAAGGCACGCAAAUUGUCGAGACGAUUGCUGGCAGAAGGCGCAUCAAGAGAGGCGAUAUUCUGCUCAAUGGAAGAUCCGUAUCGGCACGUACUCUGAGAUCUCGCGUCGCUUACCUACCGACGGAGAGCGGCCUGAGUCCCGGCUUGACGGCCCAGCAGACCCUGCGCUUCUACAUGCUGCUAAGAGGCGGCAGCAACACCACCACGCUCGAGGCCGAGGCGAUUCUGCAGGAGCUCGGCUUGGAGGCGACCAAGCACUGCCUGGUGAACACCCUUACGACUUCCGAAGCCCGGCGCCUGGCUCUCGCUUGUCGGCUGCUCCAGGACUCGCACAUCCUUGCCUUGGACAGACCCACGCAUGGUCUGGAUAUUUUCGACGCCUUCUUCUUGGUCGAAUACCUGAGACAAUGGGCCAGCCGUGGUCAACGGCUCGUCAUCUUAACCCUGCAUCCGCCGACUUAUGAGAUCCUGACGAUGGUGUCGAGGGUCGCGCUCACGUCUGGCGGCCGAAUCAUGUACUCCGGGCUCAGAAGAGACAUGCUGCCAUAUUUCGCGCUCGCCGAGUUCCCCUGCCCCCCGUUCAAGAAUCCGUCCGACUACUAUCUUGAUUUGGUGACAUUGGAUGACCUGUCGGCGGAGGCGAUGUUAGAGUCCUCGCAGAGGAUAGAUCACCUAGCGGAGUUGGCUAGGACGAGAUUGCCUCCUCUCAGCGAUCCUGGGCCACCUGGUGCGCUACCUCCGCCGAGAUCCGGACCGAACAUAUUUAUGCAAAUCUACGCGCUACUAUUGCGAACGUUAAUCUACAGUCAACCGUGGACAUUGACACGAUUGCUGCGAAAAAUAAUUAUCGGAGCAUCACUCAGUAUCCUACUCGGCGCAAUAUUCUGGGAUGUGGCCGGCGAGUCGAAUCUAUAUCUGAGGGACAGAAUAGGCUAUCAUUAUAUUAGUUUGGGGAUCUUUUUCUGGCCUUUAAGUCUAUUAGCGAUGUGCGAAGUCGCUGACAGCAGGCCGAACGUCGAAAGGGACAUUCGAGACGGGCUCUACGGUAGAUUUAUUUACAUCCUCAUGGAGCUAAUCUGCAGCGUGCCGUCUUGGUGCGUGGUCUACCUGAUAUACCUGGCGCCAGCGUUCGCGAUGUCGGGGCUGCACAUGGUGCCGGACGAGAACCUAACGUCUCUGUGGAACUACCUCGCCGUCGGCCUGCUGUACCUGAUGCUACAGCACCUUGUCUGCGUGUUCUUUGCUCACGUGUGCAAAUGGACGUACCUGGCGGCACUGUUUGCCGGCAUCGUGGUGGGCGAGACUACCCUGUCCGGCGGCGUGGCGUUGCACAUGGACAAUCUGCCGUCGUGGUACCAGAAGAUCAGCCCCAUGCAGUGGUCGUUGUCGCUGCUGUUGCCGCGUUUGCACAAGAGCGAGAGCAUGGGCAAACUGGCCAACUGCAAGCCGAAGCAGAUCCAAAGGCAGGACAUUAUCAUCCAGGCGGCUUGCGAACCUCCCGACGGCGCGUUAGCCCUCCGUGAGAUCGCCCUCGACAGGCUGAACGUGCGUGGGGAGUUGUGGCUGGGCAUCGGCGUGGGCGCCGUAGCCGUGCUGAUCGUUCUGGGCUUCUUGUGUAUUAAGUACGCCACCCCAAAGAGGCCCAGAAGCGCCCCGAACAAACCCUGAUCGCGAGGGUCGAAGGAAAUCGCGUCUUCGCGAAAGGCAGAGUCCAGAGACCGUACACUUCCGGGUGCCACGAAGGUCGAUCUAUAAGUGCCUGCGUGUCUUUAGUUAGCCUCCUUUGUUACGACAGAGAAGACGCCUCGAGAAUAUUUUCGACGAUAGAAUCUGUUUUAUUCGAUAAUGAGGAAUAUUGUGGACUUCAGUAUAGCCUACCGUUUUCUAUUUCCUCUCUUGAACCACUCGCACUCGUAAAGUCUUGUCUUCGCGUCUAUCUCGCUGCGAUUUUUUAAAGGGACGCACUUUAGAGACUCGCAGGGUAGACAGAGGCGGUACUGCGGAGUACAAAGCUUGAGAAGACGCUCGUCCCGUACAAUAGGAGGCUGCCGUUGUAGACGGCAAAUAAACACACUUAAUACUGCUGCGUAUAUUGUCUUAACCGAUACGUAAUGUUGUAAUCGUAUGAAAUAAACCUUCUUAUAAAACGAA